CGAUAAUUUGAUCAUCCUUUUAUUGUAGAGGUUAGUAUGCAAUUUUUUUUCUACAAGAAAUGAUAAAUGAUAUAACUGUAAAAGAUGGGAAACAGUCCUUUGAGAUAUAAAGGUCGCUGGGAGUGCCAACAAGGAUAGUUUGGAGAAAGUCGAGAAAUUCGAAAGAGCCCGGCUGACCCAGUUCAGCCUAAGGUCGAGGCCAGACCACAACAUCGUAUCAAGAGCUACGUUCACAACUCUUUCCGCGAAGUGCGUAGGUCGUUAUUAACGUCCUCUGCUAACCAGUACAGAGAAGACGCAGGAGACGGGGUCCGAGAAGACUAGAUUUUCUUACCUCGUAUGGAUAUUUUAGCAAAGAAACUACGGACUCCAGAGCACACAUCUUAAGAUUGGCAAAGCUCGUCGCUGCAUAAUCUUAAAUGGCGCCCUUCUUGCUCGAUAAGCUAGCAACACUUUUGAUGACUGCUUCCAUAGUACUGCUUCUUGUACUUCUUUUACUGGUGCUUAUUGUGUGGAAAGAGCACAGGAAAUAUGACCAUAUUCCUGGACCUAAACGGAGGAGUUUCUUACGUGGAAACUUCCCAGAAGUUGAAGAAAAAGGAAAGCUUCUUUCUGAACUGUUUCUAGAGCAUGCUCUUGUGUAUGGGCCUAUAUUUGUCUGGUGGUAUUUUUUCUGGCCAAUUGUGGUAAUAUCAGGCCCAGAAUUAAUAAAACAUGGUUUAGUAACUUUAAACCUUCCAAAGGCACCAUCAUCGUACGACAGUUUAGCAUAUAUAUUUGGACGACACAGAUUUCUUGGCUCUGGGCUGGUUACUCAGUUGAAUCAUCAAAAAUGGAAGUCAAAGAGAAACCAAUUAAAUCCAGCCUUUCAUCGCAGUUACUUGAAGGAUCUGGUCCCACAGUUCAAUUCCAUCGCAGAUGCUCUUAUCUCAAAGCUGUCAAAAGUUGCUGAUGGGAAAACUGUCAUUAAAAUGGUGGAUGAAUUCCAAAAAGUGACUUUGGAUGUCAUUGCAAAGGUUGCAUUUAGUCUGGAUUUGCAUUGCUUGGAUGAUCACAACUGCAAAGUCCAUAGAAAUCUUAGUAAGUGUCUGGAAGGUUAUUCAGAGAGCUAUUACCAGCCUCUACUGUCCUUGUCACUUUACAAACAAUCGUACCAGAAGACCAUUUCCAAAUCAAUAUCUGUUUUGCGUCAAUGUGCAAAGGAAUGUAUAGAACAGCGACUGCUAGCCAUGGAAGACUCUAAGAAAAGGCCUAACGAUAUACUCCAGAUGAUCCUGGAGGCUUUUGAUGUGAAUUCAAAGAAUAGUCAUGCUAUCAUGGAAGAACUUGUGGAUGAGUUCCUCACAUUUUUCUUAGCAGUUUUGUUUUUAGGUCAAGACACAACAGCAAACCAACUUAGCUUUACCUUGCUAGAAACUCUGUUGAAUGAAGACAUUGAAAACAGGAUAUUUCAGGAGGUGGACAAUGUCAUAGGAGGAAAAGAGAGUGUUGAAUUUUUUGACAUUGCAAAGAUGCAGUAUCUUGGGCAGACACUUAAAGAAAGUCUACGAAAACAUCCAGUUGUGGGGGGUAUUGCCCGUGUCACUACAAAAGCUGAGAAAUUUGGACAAUAUUUAUUACCUAAAGGAGCAAAGUUACACUUUUCAAUAUUUGUCUCUCAUCACCUUCCUGAAUUCUGGGACAAUCCAGAAAGCUUUCUUCCAGAGAGAUUUGCAGACAAUGUUAAGCCUUCAAACUUUGUUUACCUUCCAUUUUCUUGUGGUCCAAGAAUUUGCAUUGGAAAGGUUUUCUCAGCUAUCAAUGCCACCAUUAUCAUGGCACGCAUUUUUCAAAAGUUUAAAUUUCAGUUGGUGCCUGGGCAGACUGUGCAGCGGGAUGACAAUCUCACAAUUUUCCCUAAGGAUGGAGUCCUGUGCACUGUCAAGGAAAGGAUAUCAGCAAUUUGAAUUCUUAAGUAAUGACGAAUGGCCUUAACUGAGAUUUUUCACUGAAAUAUUUAAAAUGGACUCCAAGGUUUUUGAUGUGAAAUACUUUUAGUUUAAAUAGCCUCACUGAAUAUUGUGAACAAAAUUUUGUUGCAAAGUUGAAUGUAUUUAAGUACUUUCCCCCACAAAGGAAAGACAAUUACUUUUGAGAUAAUGCAAGUGAAAGGGUUUAUCCUAUAACUCCCAGAAGUGAUUAACAUAAAACUUCUCCCCACAAUAUUCAUACAUUAUUCAGCAAAUACGUAAUGAGAAUAUUCAACCUUAUCAGUAGAAGCUGCCAUCUUGAUCUAGCACCAAGUUCUCACAUCUAAUUUACAAUGAAAUGUGUAGCAGCUACA